CUCACUUCCUUUAGAUGUCACCGUCGUUGUCAUUUCGCAAAAAAAUUAAACUAAUUGAAAAAAGUUGAACAUACUAAUAUAUUCAUAAUUGGUUUUGUAUUUUGGCAGUCGGCAAUCAACACAAUUCUCUUGAAAUCGUACAAUCUCCCUUGUAAUCUAGUUGAAGGAGGUUUUUCAAUUUUACAUGUAUGAAUAAUCGAAGAAUCUGACAAAUGACAAAUCACUUUGUUUUUGUCGACACACCAAUAGACAUAGUAAUCCGGACUCUGUGUAUUGCUGCAAUGUGUCCCCAGCAUUAAAGGAUUGCAGGAGGGUGAUCAAUCAGUCGUAAAUCCCGUCUUCUACACACCGGUAAGUGUGUAUUGGACCUCUUUAAAAUACACCAAGGCUCAAGUACAUGAGCUUAUUCUAAUAGCAACGAGACUGGCUUGCUACGGCAAAUACAAAGGCGGGUGGAGUGAGCUUCAAGAGAAUUACACAAAGCUUCCAUUGUCCUGGAACGGAUAUGAGCAACUAUGAACGAAAGAAAACCACGCCCUGUUGCGUGGGUUGCAUGCAAGCUAUUAAAUGGAUACCAGUCAUAUUCAUAGCAUCGGUGAUAGCCUGGUCAUACUAUGCCUAUGUUGUUGAGUUAUGCGUGCUUGCCAUCGAAAGUACAUUCGAAAAGAUAGCUUUUCUUAUCUUUUAUCAUGUAAUCUGCGUUCUGUUCUUUUGGUCAUAUUGGAAUACAGUAUUUACACCUGUGGGUACUGUGCCGUCAAAUUGGCGGAUACCCGAAUCAGAGAUAGAGCGACUAUUUAGAGCAGAAAGUCAAGAGCAGCAAAAACGAAUACUCGAAUAUUGUGCUCGAGAUUUACCAGUAACAAAUCGCACAUUAAACGGCUCCGUCCGAUUUUGCGAUAAAUGCAGAAUUAUAAAACCUGAUAGAUGCCAUCAUUGUAGCGUGUGUGGCACUUGUGUGCUUAAAAUGGACCAUCACUGCCCCUGGGUCAACAAUUGCGUUUGUUUCAAUAACUAUAAAUUUUUCGUUUUAUUCCUCGGUUAUGCAUUACUUUACUGCCUUUACGUUGCCUUAACCUCACUGGAGUACUUCAUUCGCUUCUGGAGAUCUGAAUUUCUUGAACAGGGUGAACUGACGUCAGGUGGUAUGGGACGUUUCCACAUAUUAUUCCUAUUUUUUGUCUCGCUGAUGUUUGCCAUCAGCCUGGUUAGCCUUUUUGGUUAUCACAUUUAUCUUGUGCUGAAGAACCGAACCACAUUAGAAGCAUUCCGUGCCCCUAUCUUCCGUGUUGGAGGUGCAGAUAAAAAUGGAUUUAACUUGGGAAAAUUUGCCAAUUUCCAAGAAGUUUUUGGCGAUAAUUGGAAGCUAUGGUUUUUACCAAUCUAUUCCAGUUUCGGUGAUGGUUUUAGCUACCCAAUGCGCCAUUGUGACGAAGAUGCCGAAUCGUUGUUGGGAAAUUCGGAUACACGCAUCGAAAUGGAAGAGGAUGUUUUUCCUGAAACUCGAUUUCAUGAUAGCAUAAUACCGUAGUUAAUAUUGACCGAAGAUAACGUAGCCACCUAUUACAUAUAACUUAGGAGAAUGGCAUGGCUCGGCGGGAACUAAAUACUUCAGGCAAUAGCAAUAAAAUUUAAAUUGGACUAAGUGGUGAUAUUAGCAGCUUGGGAAACCUAAAUUGAUAUGUCCACAGACGAAGUAUUAUGAGACCCCCGGCAAGGAAACCCAUUUAAGAAAAUGCAUAACUAAGACUAUAUUUAAGAAUGUCACUUAAGUUGUAGGUAGUUGGAUACGUUGUUAUAGAUGUCAUAAAAUGUUGUCACAAAAAAACCUAUUAUACUCCCAUGUGCAAUUUACGUUUAAAUAGUAAUCUGUGAGUGAUAUGGGAUUUCAGACUUGUUAAAAAUGAAACUACGCCGGCUUACGUCCUAGCUUCAAAUCCCCCCAUACCUUACAGCAGGAAAAAAAAGUUAUUAAAUUUGAAAGUAUUGCAGUCCUCGCUAGUAUACUGUAGACAAAAUAGAUGUUGUACCGAAUAGAUAAUUUUGUAUAUAAAUAUGAGAAAAACUCAUGUCGUGUGAAAAUCGCACCAAAAUUCAAAACUGUGGUGGGCUUCAAUGAAGACCACAUAUUGUAUAGUAGAGUCCUAUUUUGCUUAAUGUUACCCCCAUUGUCAUUGUGUGUCUCUUUUGUGACAUCACACCUACAAUCACUCUCGCUCCUUUUUUCUAGCUAUUAAAGUAACCAAAAACCUCUUCCAUCUUCUAUUUUAUACUUGUAAACCGUAAAGCUGUUGUUCUGAACAAUCUUGCAAUGUGCUUAAAUAUGUACAUACAUACAAUCCUAUGUAGAAAUGGGCGGGUGUAAAUCCCAAUUAUGUGUUUGUAAAUAAAAAUUGUAAGAUGAUCGAUCUUGAUCGAAACAAGCGGCUUGAUCCUUCUACUUUUGCAUUAGAUUUAGGUAUUAGUUUUGAAUUAGCUGUACUGUAUUUGAACAAAAGAAGAGACGAACAAAACAUGUUUUUAGAGUUUUAAGCUAAAUGGAUAAAUGUACUGAUCAUUGGAAAAUAAAAAGUCAAAUGAAUGUUUUACUCGGAA